UUGACAUCAAAAAGGAGCGCCAGACAACAGGACCGACAUGAGCUGGUUAGAGACAGGGGAAGGGAUCUUAGAAAGACAAAUAACCAAGGCAACUACAUUAUAAAACAAGAUAAACUCGUAAUAAAUCAGCACACACCCCCAGAAAGGCACGGUUUCCUCAGAAUCUAUGAUAACUAUCGAUGAAUCGGUGGCCUGUGUGUGUUUUGUGAUGUAAGCACUGCGACAAAAAAAAAAACAAAACAUUGCAUUUAAACUAAUUUAUUUAAAGAAACAACGUUGACACAAUGUUAAGAUUUUAAGACGUCUGCAGUUGUUGUUGUUUUUUUUUUAAGUGUAUUUUCUGUGUUUUGAGGCAUUACUGUACGCGUUUUACUGUUUUAGUUCACUGCUGAGAGAGAAUGCCAGAAAUUCAAGUAAAGCACGUCGUUUCCUGUAGCAGCGAAGACAGUACUCACAAAGCAGACAAUCUGCUGAAAGCUGAUACCUACAGGAAGUGGAAGUCUGCCAGGCCAGGAGAGAAGCAGAUCUCCAUUAUCUUGCAGUUUGAGAAGUCGGAGCAGAUCCACAGUAUUGAUAUUGGAAAUGAGGGCUCUGCGUUCGUGGAGGUUCUCACCGGGAACUCUACUUCUAUCAAAGACCAGGAUUAUGAGGUGAUCCUGGUGACCUCGUCCUUCAUGUCCCCCACGGAGAGCCGAAACAGCAGCAAUCUGAACCGGGUCCGCAUGUUCGGACCGGACAAGCUGGUCAGAGCAGCCGCGGAGAAGAAGUGGGACCGGGUCAAACUCAUCUGCACCCAGCCUUACAACAAGAAUAUUUCCUAUGGAAUCUCAUUUGUAAGGUUUCACUCGCCACCGGACGGUACUGAGAAUUCAGCAGCUUCACCACCAAAACUGACGAAACUAGGCCAGUUCAGAGUGAAGGAGGAAGAGCCCGGUACUGCCAGUCUGAAGCCAGGCAGUUUGUUCUUCAAGAGGGCGGCCAAACCAGACACCCCUACCAAGACCUCCUCUCACAAUGACAAGCCGACCCCAAGCUACGCCACUGCCUCUCUGCAGUCUACAGGCUGCGCAGCCCCACGCGCCACCCCUGAAGCCCAGGAGAAACCAACAACCAGUACGACCGCUUCACCAAAGGAGCCGACGCAGGGAAAGAGGAAGUUUGAGUUUAGUAAAGAAAGGCAGCCUCCCGCUGCCAAAAAACAGAACUCCCAGAAUGCUCAGGACCCCGCUGAAAACACAAGACCUAAACCUAGCCCCUCACAAACCAGCAGCAAGAAACUCAAAGCCGAACCAGUCAGCCCAUCAUCUCUCCCACAAGAGAAGAAACCACGAAAGCAGGAAGAGAAGAGAAAGAGCAAGGGUUCGACAGAGGCGGAGUUCUCCCGGCUCCUGGAGGGCACUGUCUUUGUGCUCAGUGGAUUCCAGAAUCCUUUCCGGGCUGAACUACGAGACAAAGCGCUAGCCCUGGGUGCUAAAUAUCGGUCUGACUGGACCCCCGAUAGCACCCACCUCAUCUGUGCCUUUGCCAAUACCCCCAAGUACAGCCAGGUGAAGUCGCUAGGGGGCGCUAUUGUGCGUAAGGAGUGGAUCCUGGACUGUCACAAAAGAAGACAGAGUAUCUCUUUUAAACGGUACCUGAUGGACGGAGCGGAGUCCAGCACUGAGGAAGACAGCGAGGACAGUGAGGACGAGGGCUCUGGGAAGCGUCAAUCAUCCAGUAAGAAGCAGGGUUGGUGUGAAUUGCAGAGGGCAGGCUCCCCCAGCACUAACCACAAGAGAGUGACUCCAAAAAAGGAGCAGCAGAGAGAGAAUGGGGAGCGCCCUGGGACGUCCAGAGCGCCAGGAUUAGGCAAGAGACAACCACCCCCAGAGGAGGAGGAGGACAAAUUUGGGGGCUCCACUGAUGAAGAGAAGCCUGAUAAUGGCCGGGACACUAGUGGAGACUCAGGGAUGGACACAGAGGAUGAACUCAAGAGAGUGGAGGCUCAGAACCACAGUAAGAAGCAGGGACCUUUGCACUCAGCAGGAGAAGACGACCCAUACGCAGGGUCAACGGACGAGAACACAGACGCUGAAAAGCCAGAGAUGGACCUUUCUAUCCCCGAAUUGCCAGAUUUCUUGACUGGUAAACACUUUUUCCUGUACGGAGAGUUCCCAGGAAACGAGAGGAGAACGUUGAUCCGGUAUAUCACAGCAUUUAACGGGGUCAUUGAGGAGUACAUGGAUGAAAAAGUGCAGUAUGUCAUCACAGCCCAGGAUUGGGACGAUACCUUUGAAGACGCUCUGAUGGAGAACACCAGCCUGUCGUUUGUGAAACCGCGCUGGCUGUACGUUUGUAACGAGAGGCAGAAACUAGUCCCCCACCAGCCCUACGUGGUGGUGCCCCAGGCAUAGGGGCGCCUGAGAGGAAGUGAUGUGCAACACCCCAGCAAAUGCCAACCAUAAGAAAAGUAGUUUUCUAAAGCUGUGCGAUUGCUUUCUUCCAGUAAGCCCAUGUAUUUUUGGGAAAGACUUUUUGAUUCGUUUUUUUUUUUUUUUUUU